UAAAUAAGACAUAUAAUUCAAAAGACCAACGGUAUCAAAUAAGAAAAACGGAGAUAAAUGCUUUGUAGGAGUGUUUUUAUGCACCAACCCACAAAAACGUCUGAAUACAUCGUUGACCAAACUAAAUUGCUACUAACAGCACAUAGUACGAGUAAACAACAGGAACAUCCACGUCGAGAGUAUCAAGUCUACUAUAAACAGAUUGAACUCGUACUAUAUUAAUUCAUUUUCAGUUGCCCAUUAGCAUCUUAUAAAACACAGAAAUCAAUUCAACACGACAUCUCCAACUCGAUCCCUGAAUUCCUCUCAACUCACAAGAGCAGCUAGGAGCAUAUAGAGCUUCAUUUCUGAAACAACGCAGGCCCCAGCUCCAGCUCCACUCCGCCUCUCUCUCAGUGGAGAUUGCAGUAGCUAGGGAUGGAGCUCUCCCUAGGGAGCAACCUUGGUACUGUUCUUGCAUGCAUCCUCUCCUUCUUGGCCGCGGCCUUCUCCAGCGCCGGGGGCGUCGGAGGUGGCUCAUUGUACGUCCCCAUCCUCAACAUCGUCACCGGGCUCAGCCUCAAGACGGCGACCUCGUUCUCCACGUUCAUGGUGACCGGCGGCACGCUGUCCAACGUGCUCUACACCCUGAUUAUUCUCCGCGGCCACGAGAAGGGCGGCCAGCCGCUGAUCGACUGCGACAUCGCCGUGGUCUCGCAGCCGUGCCUCCUCCUCGGCGUCAGCGUCGGGGUGAUCUGCAACGUCAUGUUCCCCGAGUGGCUCAUCACCGCGCUCUUCGCCGUGUUCCUGGCGUCCGCGACGUUCAAGACGUACGGCACCGGGAUGAAGCGGUGGCGCGCCGAGACGGCUGCGGCGAGGAGGAUACUGGAAGGAGGGAGCGCUGUUGACCAUGGCACGGGGGAAGCGCUUCUUGGCCAAAAGGAAGGAGAUGGUCGUCGGCGUCAAUGGGUUGACUUCGUGGUGCUCGUCGCCAUCUGGCUCUGCUUCUUUGUCAUACAUCUGUUCAUAGGAGGCGAUGGCGCCAAGGGGGUGUUUAACAUUAAGCCAUGUGGAGUUACAUACUGGCUCAUCACCGUAGCACAAAUUCCUAUCGCCGUGGCUUUCACAGCAUGUAUUGUGCACCAGAAGCGAAAAUCACACACUCAGAACAGCCAGGAGUCUGACCAGGCAAUUUCAGUGAAGAGCAAACUGGAAGCUUUGCCGGUAUACGUCUUCCCGAUUGCUGCUCUCCUUACCGGCGUUAUGAGUGGGCUGUUUGGCAUCGGAGGCGGCCUGCUUCUCAACCCCGUCCUGCUCCAAAUCGGAGUGCCUCCAAAAACAGCAGCGUCGACGACGAUGUUUAUGGUUCUUUUCUGCGCCUCGAUGUCGAUGGUCCAGUUCAUAAUCCUGGGAGUUGAUGGGAUGGUAACCGCCAUAGCCUAUGCCAUCACCUGCUUCGUGGCUUCGAUCGUCGGGCUGGUGGUGAUCGAAGGCGCCAUCCGGAGGUCGGGGAGGCUCUCGCUCAUCGUGUUCAUGGUCGCCGCCAUCUUGGCGCUCAGCGUCGUCGUGAUAGCUUUCUCCGGAGCGGCUCGAGUCUGGGCUGAGUACACGAGUGGGCAGUACAUGGGCUUCAAGCUGCCCUGCUGACAAACGAUUGAUGAAUUUUUGGCGGAUCGUGAGCUCUCCCAUUGUCGCAUGUAUUACUGCAGCGGUUAAUGUGACGUUGAUCCAUGGAAUGGCUAGCACCUAGCACGCACACUUCGUCUACUUUGGUUUGAUGGGGUGUUUCGUCUGUGUUCUUACGAUUUGUUAUUAAGCAUAGCACUGCACGC